GAAAAAACUAAUGAAUGGGACGAUCCCAUUUCUCCUAUUCUCUAGCUUCGAUUCAAACCCUAAUUUCCGUUUUUGGCGGUCACACCGGUCCUCCCAAUCACAACCUAUUUCUUCUCUCUCCUUCACGAUCAUUCUUCGUCUCUAAGCUCUGUUUCUUUUUUGCCCUUUAUCUCUCUCUCUCUAUUUUUCCUUUUUAGGUUCAGAAUCGAUUUCAAGGAAAGUUUUGUUUUGUCUUAAAUUAGGAUGGGUCGAGUGAAGCUAAAGAUCAAGAAACUAGAGAACCUCCAUGCACGUCAAGCUACGUAUGCCAAAAGGAAAAAUGGGAUCAUAAAAAAGGCAAAAGAGUUAUCGAUCUUAUGUGACAUUGAUGUUGUGCUUCUCAUGUUCUCUCCCGUGGGAAAAGCUUCACUGUGCAACGGAAAACACAGUAUUGGAGAAGUUAUUGCUAAGUUUGCUCAACUUACUCCUCAAGAAAGGGCAAAGAGGAAGUUGGAAAAUCUUGAAGCCUUGAAGAAAACAUUUACGAAGCUUGAUCAUGAUGUAAAUAUAGCAGAGUUUCUAGACAAAAGUAAACCAACAAUUGAGGUAUGUACAACUAACUACUAUGAUGUUACUGAUGAUGAAAUGUCUCUCCUAACUCCAUUGUCUUUCGCAACCGGAAACUUUCAGGUUCUAAGCGAAAAAGUCAGGUUUCUGCAAACACAUUUAUCAGAAAUACACACAAGACUAAGCUACUGGACCGAGAUAGAGAAGAUUAACAGCUUAGAUGAUUUGCAGCAACUAGAAAGUUCAGUAAGACAGUCUUUGUUUCAAAUCCGUGCUCAUAAGGUGAACAUGUUACAACAUCAGCAGGAGCAACUUAUGUCCUCAGACUGCAAAAUCCAGUUUCAGAAUGAAAUAGAUAUAGAUUUCGGAAUGGAUAUGGAGCAACAGCUUGAGAAUUUCUCAUGGGUUCGUACCGAUGAAAACAUGAAUGUUCCUGUAAAACAAGAAGACACAAACCUGCAGUUUCAUCAUACGUACAAUGACCUAACGUGCUCCGCAAGUUCAUCUCUUGAAAGUUACUCAGGGCUGUUUGGUAAAAUCUCAGAUACAACAACACCAAAGCUAGAACCCUGCGGCGUUCCCGUGACAUCGGUUGAUCCAAACAUACAACAAUACAGCAAUCUCAGUUUCCUGAAUGAUCCAAAGCUUCAACAACUAGCUGAGUGGAAUCUAUUAGGAAGUCCUGCGGAUUACUACGUUAGCCAGAUCUUGGAAGCAUCUUAUAGGCCUCAAUUUGGAGGAAACUGGGCUUCGUCUGAGACGUUGCCUUAUCCUGUUACCGUCUUUGAUGAUCCUCUGUUUUCACGGCAGCCAAACUUAUAAAUGAGCUUCCGCAAAAUAUUAAAGCGUUGAUCCGAAAACGGGCCUUGAUUGAGCAGUAAGAGAAUAUGCGGAAGAAGCUAAGGAUUGAUAAGUUACAGGGACAAAAAAAAUACUAAAAAUAUAUGAUACCAUACUAAGUUGCUUGUAACUCACGAGAUUCUCCAAAAUGCAUAAUGAAAGUUUUUUUUUUUACUUUGUCUGUAUUUUCAUUACCUACCUUGAUAGUUGAUACUAUUGCAUGUAACUAAAUUUUAACGGUUAUUUAUAUUAACAGAACCCCCCCAAGCAACUUCUUACUGAAA